ACAAAACUUCCGCAAAGACAAGACUCGACAAACCGGUUCAUCUCAGCACUGCCCAUGCAGGACAAAUUGCAACAUUUAUUGUAAUGAAGCAGGAAGCUGAAUGAGGUUAACAUUUUGAGUUUGAGGAGAUUUUAGAAACAGAGUCGACUUUGUUUGCUUUGCAGCAGCAGAUGAACUUUCUCUUGUAGUUUUUAGUGUUUAAGAGAAGAUGAGACUCUUUCUUCUCUACAGGCUCACAGUCUCUGCUGUUCUACUCUGGGCUACACCAACAGGUGGAUAUGUGUAUCAGGCUAUGUAUGACUGUGAGUACGGGGAAGACGACCUCUCAGAUAUGGUCUUUUUAGUGAAGAACGUGUUUAACAAGGAGAUAGUUACGCUCUAUGACUCUCGGGUUGGGAAGUAUGUUGGCUUUGGAGAAAUGGGCAUGAGGAACGCCGACCAUUACAACUCACAGCGUUGGAAAAUGGAGCUCCGAAAAAUUCAAGUGGAGAUUGUCUGCAGAUACAACGCGAAAUAUUACCAAAGGAGCAUACGCGAUAGAAAAGUGCCUCCGGUUGUCAGAGUCCGUCAGACCGAGCCAGCGGACUACGGGGAGCAGUCCGUGCUUGAGUGCAGCGUUCUGGGUUUUUUUCCUCAGGAAGUGAGGGUGAGAUGGCUGAGAGACGGGGUAGAGGUCACCAGUGAUGUGUCGUCCUCAGAUAUCAUGGCCAACGGGGACUGGAGCUUCCAGGUGCACUCCUUCCUGGAGUUAAUACCCAGGAGGGGGGAGAGAGUGACCUGCAGGGUGGACCACAGCAGCCUGCAAAAGAAUCUGGAUGUGGACUGGGACACUUAUCCGCUGGAUGCUAAACGCCUGAAGAAGACAUUGGGCAUCACCUCCUUCUGCUUCGGCUUCAGUGCAGCUGUAUUUGGAGCAGCUUACUACUGGUGGAAAAAGAGGUCCGACUUCAGCCCACUGCGCAGACAAGAUCCAACUUCUCCAGAGUUAUAAGAAAUGUCAGCAGUUUCUGGGUCUCUGCUAAAGUCCUGGAUCAUGUUAAAUGUCAAUGACAAAGCUUAUUGAACAAUACAUGCUUGGUUCUGUGGCUGAUCUGAAGUGGGGAUGACAUCGACUGUAUCAUGAGAAAACUACAUGCUGUUUACAUUUUUGAGCAGGCGGCCAACACGGCAGAACUCCUCCUUUAUCACUUAAUUCAGCCAAGGACUGAGCUGACAUUUUAUCUCUCCGCAUUGUGCCAUUAAUCCUUCAAACUUUGUGUGAGGAUACAUUUGACAUCAGUUAUGUUUCAGACUAAAGCUUACAAUAACUGUCUCACCUUGAUUUGAAAAAUUAAUUUGGAUUUAAUGGAUGGAUUUGGAUGGAUUUUCUAGGAUUAUUCUUUGGGCUUUUUAUGACUUUUAUAUUUUUUAUUAUAAAAAAUACUUUGUGUAAAGCUUGUUCUAAUUCAAUUAAACUACUUUAAGCACAGCAACUCACACCACACCACACCACAUCACACAGGGGUUUCUUUUAACCGACCACAUUUAUUCUCUCUGGCUGACUGGCAAAGAAAAGCACAGACAAAAAUCCUCAAAGGCCGCUGAAAUUCCCCAGGCCGCCCCAGAGCCAACACAGAUUAAAUACAAGUACAGCAUGUAAGGAAGCUUAACUUGCUGUGCACAGAAAGUUAACUUUUAUGACCAAUAAUACGACAACGUAUACAGGAUACCAACAGAUGAGGCGCUGAUGGCCUCGCGCUUUGGUCGCAAUAUACAGAUGCUCCAAGCGGGGGGCCCGGGUUUAAGUCUGACCUGCAGGCUCCCACAUGUCACCUGAGUCUCUACCUCCCAGAUUCCCUGCUCUAUCAACGGACCUGUCCAAAUGAAGGCAAAAAAAAAAGCUGGAAAAAAACCCAAAAGCAUACCAGUAGCUUGCAAAAGACACCAAAAACAUUUGCGGGGAACAAAAGUAUACACAAGAUAAUAAGAUAAAUAAAGGGAUAGAUGUACGUAGAUAAAAAGACAAAACAAUGAACACCCACUUCUCCCACAGGGAAUUGUACAAAAAGGGGAAAUGAUUAUAUAAAAAUAACCGAAGAGGAAGAAAACAAAGAAAGGAGAGGCUGCUAAUGACAACACAAUUUGUCCUCUGAGACAAACAUAAAACAGAAAAUUUCCUGGUAAUUUUGUGUCAUUAUAACAAGAAAACCUUCAAGAUACAGAAGCAUAUUUGACUCUGUUACAUACAGUUAUGUAAAGAUCUUCUUGCUGGUGAUGCAGAUACAACUUCAAGUUGUGAAAUCAAAAACGUACCAAUUAUUGAAAGCACACCAGUGACCCUGUGUGACAUCAG